AUGCUGAUAUCAUCGACAUCGCUUACACAUCUUCCAUUGCUAUUUAAUCCGCUUUUAAAUUGCCUUUUCAACAAUCCUCAUCACACGAAAACACCAUUCAAGCAAACAAUACAAGAUUUGGCGACAAACCAUAAUGAUUUUACUAUUUUAGUACCGCCAUCGUUCGUACUUCAAGAAGGGUACGAUCCACUUUCUUUACAUUCAGGGAGUAAAGCACUACUUAGGGAUCUUUGUUACACGAAUGAAGAAUUCAUUCGAUCUCACAUUUUGAAGACCAGCAGCCCAUGCUCUACUAUAAUAGCCCCAGUGUCUAAGAUUCAGCUGGUUAUUUAUAACACUAUGAGCGGAAACCAAAUUUUAAUUAAAAAUGGCAUGGUUUUUACUGGGAAAGGCUUUACUAGAAGCUUGAAAUUGAAGAUUUUACUGAUCAACUAUUUCAACUCAUUUUGUGACUAUUUUCCCAAAGAUUGCAAAUUCAUGUUGAUAUUCAUUGAAGAUUCGCUAUAUGGUAGCAGUUACAUAUCUAAGGGUCUAAAUCCUACUGUGAAGGAGACAGGUUUGGUACUAGAGAAAGGAAAGAAGCAGAAACGAAAUGAGGUCAAUAUCACAUUUGAAAAUCUUUUGAGGAGUUAUCCGCUAUUAUCUAAAGCUGUUUCUGGAAAGUUUUAUAAGCUCUUUCACCAUAACGGCCACCUGUUUCAAUCGCUUAAAGGUCAGACGAAAAAGCCAUUGAGUUUGAUUAAACUGAGAUUUCAAAACAUGCUAGAAGAUGCAUACAAAAUCGUUCUGGACAGCGUGCGAGUAGAAGCACCAGAGAGUCAACAAACUUAUAACAUAAUAAGUAAUGUUUUAAGGGAAAACCCAGGACUAGAUUUGAAUAGGAUAGUCCAUGAAUAUCUUGAAAUGAAUGUUUAUGACAAAUUAUGGCCCCAAGUGGUUUUACAGUUCAACUUUGCAAUGACAGAUGAAGAAGGAACAAGUUACGAUGCGAAAAAGCUUCUAACUAAUUAUACUUAUGAUAGACUAUCCAAUGUGUCCCUUAAUCAACUAGAUAUUCCAAUAACUAAGCCUUGGCAGAUUAAUGUGCUUCUCAAAAGAGUCAAGGAUGCUAUUAUAGAGCUCAAGAAGUUAGAUGAUCCUACAAUCGUGAACCUGGAGAGUAAAAUAGAUGUGCUAAGACGAACAUUUAGCAUUCUAACCGCUAAUGAAAGAACUCACGUCCAACACCCAGAAAAACAUGAAUCUGAUGACUGUCUUGUAGUUGAUGCUGAUACCUUGAUUGGCCUACUAGUAAUGGUUAUUAUUCACUCGAAAAUACUAAAUUUGGAAGCCCACUUGUUUUAUAUAAAGAAUUUCAGCUAUAAUGACCAUACCCACGACGGAUAUUUGAGCUACAUUUUGAGCAAUAUAGAUGCAGUUUUACUUCAUUUAUCCUCGACGGCCAGUGAUAAAUCUCAGUUUGAAGAGCUUUCAAUUGCAUCCAGCUUAAAUUUCAAUCUAUGGAAAUCAAUAAGGGAAAAAGAUGAACCCGCUUUGGAAAGAAUCUUGACAAAUAUUCAGGUUGAAUUUGGAAACUCACAACUCCCCAAUAAUCACUUUUUGAAAAGUAGAAACUUGGACGGAGAAAGUUGUCUAGCGAUAGCUAUCAAAUCACAAAAUCAUUUGGCAUUAGAUAAACUAAUGAACUUUAAUACUAACUGGAUUUUAGUAGAUGACAUUCUUUUCGAUAGAAAUACCACCAAUAAGCAAAAUUUACUUACUCUUUCUUUACUGGAAGAGAAUAAAACCAUCACCUAUCAAUUAAUCGAUAUUUUAAGUUCAAGUUGCACUUUAGAGGAGCAAGAGGCAUACUACAAUUCCAUUGAUGAUUUGGGGAGAUCAGUUGGACAUUAUUUAUUUCAUGACUACAAACUAAUAGACUCAAUUGGGAGAUUGAUUGAUUGGGAAAAAAAGGACCUCAAUUUUCAUACGCCUUUAUUUACUCUAUGUCGUUGUUAUGAUCAUUCCCAAUAUUCCGAAUUAAUUGCAAAAGGCUUUGAAUGUGUUUACGCCAAAUAUGGCAAGCAAAUUGAUUUUGAUAAGCACAUUGAUAAAAUGGGAAACACAUUGUUGCAUGUUAUACUGAAGAACUUGGAACAAACUGGACUAUUGGAUUCUGGAUCGAGAAAUGUCGAUGUAAAUAGAUUCAAUAAUAGGUUUAUGACUCCUUUAACACUAUACGUGAAAUAUAAUCGAUUGGAAAAUUUAGAGCGAAUUCUUGCUGAUAACAGAUUGAUAUUUGAUCUUGAAGAUCCUAAAAAUUUCUGCAAAGUUUUCGAUUAUCUUGGAGUUCUGUCUAAUAAGAUUGGUGUACAAAACAGAAUCUCUCAAGAAAUUGACAGGAAAGUUUGUGAUUACUUUGUUAAUAACUAUUGGGCUGACGUGAAUAGUACGAGAAGUGAAAUGGUUUGUCUAAAUGCUAAAUAUGAUCCAAACACUAAGGGAUGGUUCAUCUUGCUCAAGGAUGUUGAUGGAAGUUAUAAGUAUAGAAGUUUAGAAAAAGUGAAACAAGCUUUGUAUUUGAUGAAAUUAGAAAAUCCUUUAUCAAUUUUACCAGAAGAAGAAGUAUUUUGGCUUAAUUUUCCAUUCGACACAUCUACGGCACCUUUUUUCAACAAGUUCAGAGCCAAUAGAAUGGUAGAAAAGUUGAAUGUUCUUUUCAUCAGUUUAAAAUUUCACACCUUGAUUGAUUCGAGCUCCUUUUAUUCCAGAAUUGGGGAUAAGCUAUUUGAUGAAGAAGGACCACUGAUGUUCGAAAAAAUACACGAAAUCAAUAGAAAUUUCGAACGUUCAAGAGAAAACUUGGGUGAAAUAAAUUUAACAGCACUUCAAAUUCAAGAAAUUGAAUAUUUUUUAAGGUACUCUUUCAAUGAUUUGAAAAAAUACGAAACAGCUGUCACAAGGUUUAACAAAAUUGUAUCUGUAUGCGAAGUUAAACAUUCCGAUUUGGAAGUAAUUUAUAACAGAAUACUAGAAUCUUUGGCUUAUCAAGGUCUGUAUGAAUAUCUGGAGGGAUUAUCAUCUUUGGAGAAUGACUCUGGGUUUAAUACGGCGUAUCGGAGUCUUUUGUUGCAUACAAGCUGGCUAGAAGUAUCUGUACUUGAGCUUUUGAAAAACAUUAACAAGAUACUCGAAAAGACGAGCUUAUGGAAGGAAAUUCAUGGCUUCAUAAAUAGCAUCAAUAACGACCUCAAGCGAUACGAAGAAAACGCUCUCUCAGCUACCAUUUCAGGGAGUCUGAUUGCCAAAGACAGCUUGCUGAAUAUUAAUUCAAACCAGGAUCUCGAGCAUGAAUAUAACAAGUCUCAGAAUUUUUUUAGCUUCUCGAAUCUUUUGGAGAAUAAGAAGGCUAGGUAUAAAAAGCUUUUGAUUGCCAAGUCAGAGAAAGUAAAUCAGAUGUUGAAAUUAAAUCAGACCAUCAAGAUAGAUCAUGAAACCAUUGCUGCAGAAAUCUCCAACUUUCUUCAGUUUCGGUCCACUUUUUUAAAGUUUGGUAUUAAACGUCUCGCAUAUACUAACUUAAGACUCAUGAGACGAAGAAACUACCAGCUUUAUAGACAGUUGAACCUAACAGCUACGUCCAGGAAAGAUCUCACAUAA